UUUGGACUUUGCGAUCAUUGCAGUUUUGCUGCCUAUAUAAGCUGCAGAGUCUCAUCAGCUCAACACAAACACAACCAAGUGGAUUUACAGACACACUUGCAAUCCAAGGGUGUAGGAGUCAUGAAGGUCCUUGCUGUGCUUGUCCUUGCCGUUUUUACUGGCUGCAAUGCCAACCUCUUCUAUGCUGAUGCCCCAAAGCCUCAGCUGGAAGUGCUGACUGAUGCUUUCUGGGACUAUGUUAGCAAAGCCACCCAGACUGCUGAUGACACACUGGAGAUGAUCAAGAAGACCCAGUUUGGGCAGGAAGUCAGUGCCCGAUUGACAGAAAGUGCAACCCUGGCAAACGAAUAUGCAACCUCCAUUCACGAGCAGCUUCCCCCUGAAGCCAAGCAGCUGAUCACCAAGGUCACCACCGAGGCCGACGUGUUGAGAGAGCGCGUGAACCAGGAGCUGACCAAAGCCAGGGAGAACCUGGAGCCCUAUGCCGAGACCUUGAGAUCUAACAUCGAGCAGAGAGUGGAGCAGCUCAAACAGGAGCUGGCACCCUACACCGAAUCCCUGGAUUCCGAGACCCUGAGGGCCACCCUGAUGCAGAAGAGCGAGGAGCUUAAGGCUAACCUGGAGCAGAGCGUGAAGGACCUGCAGACCCAGCUGGGACCUUACACCGAAGACCUGAAGCAGAAGGUGGACCAGCACCUGCAGGAUUUCAAGGAGAGAGUGGCACCAAUUAGCGUUAGAGUCCAGAGUGAGAUCGGUCAGAGAGCCCAGCAAGUGAAGGAAAUGGCAAGCCCCUACGUUGAACAGAUGAGGGAAAGGCUGGACCCCUACGCCCAGGACCUCCAGGCUCGUCUCACCAGCCUCUAUGACUCCUUCGUCAAGUCCAGUUAAAUCCAUCUCCAGCUCACCCUAAAUACAAAGAAACUGCACCUACCAUCAAACAGCUCCCUGACAUUAUCAGACAAGUGUCAUAAAUAGCAAAUAUGUAUUGGUCUGUGACCUCACUCUGUUCCCUGUCUAAAAUAUGAAAAUAAACUAAAAGCAAACACCG